GAAUCGGGAGAGUUUCACUUUUCGCUACUAUAUAUUCUGUAAUAGUUCCUCGCCGUUGCGUCGGGCGCAAGCAACGGUGAACGGACUGAACGGAUUAGCGGAUCGCAUCGCGUGGCGAAAGCGAGGGCGAGAGCGAGGGAGUGUCGUCGUCGUCGUCGUCGUCGCGUCGUGUCGUGUCGUGUCGUGUCCUAUCGUGUCGCGGUGUCGUCGGUGCGCAAUUCCGCGGUCGUGAGAUCGAGGGAGAGAGACAGAGAAGCGGAAAGAACAAAGAGAGACGGAUAGAUCGAGCGCGAGCGAGCGUACCACGUACCGCGUACCGAGUAUCGCGCGAGCGUCGAAAGUAACGAGUCAUCUACCGAUCCAAGAUGGCAGAAGGCCAGCAGGAGGGUGGUCCGAAAAAGAUCACCGUCAAUGUGAAAACCCCGAAGGAAAAGCAGACCGUCGAGAUCGAGGAGAAUGCGACGAUAAAAGAAUUUAAGGAGGCAGUCUCCAAGAAGUUUAACGCACAGGCCGAUCAGCUGUGCCUAAUCUUCGCCGGCAAGAUCAUGAAGGAUCAUGAGACCCUCAGUACUCACAACAUCAAGGACGGCCUGGCGGUGCAUCUGGUGAUUAAGGCUCCACGCACCGCAACUACGCAGAAUCAGGAGUCCAACUCGGCCUCGAGACCACAAGCUAAUGUUAACGCCAGUCCAUUUGGUUUGGGGAGCUUAGGGGGAUUGAUGGGAUUAGAGUCCCUUGGCUUAGGCUCGGCUAAUUUCAUAGACUUACAGCAACGCAUGCAACGGGAAUUACUCUCAAAUCCAGAAACGAUGCGACAAGUGCUCGAUAAUCCAUUGGUUCAGAGUUUAAUGAAUGAUCCUGAGAAUAUGCGCAAUUUGGUCACCGCCAAUCCCCAAAUGCAAGAAUUGAUGCAACGUAACCCAGAAAUCAGUCACAUGUUGAAUAACCCUGAACUUUUACGACAAACGAUGGAAUUGGCACGUAACCCAUCAAUGCUGCAAGAACUGAUGCGUUCGCACGAUCGAGCUUUGUCUAAUCUAGAAAGCAUACCUGGGGGUUAUAGCGCUCUACGUCGUAUGUAUCGUGAUAUUCAGGAGCCAAUGUUAGCAGCCGCAACGAAUGGUCGCAAUCCUUUCGCCGCUCUAGUGGAAAACAGUUCCAAUCAGGACUCGCAAAAUCCACAACAGGGUCAGGAAAAUCGGGAUCCGCUGCCGAACCCAUGGAAUCAAAGCCAGAAUGACAGUGGUACGGUACAACAGAAUCAAGGCAGAGGUCUGCUAGAUUCACCAGGUAUGCAGAGUCUCACGGCACAGAUGAUAGAGAAUCCGCAGUUAAUGCGAAACAUGCUGAACGCUCCAUAUACGAGAUCCAUAUUGGAAGCAAUGGCGGCUGAUCCAGCGAUGGCCAGUCGGAUAAUUGCAGCAAAUCCGUUUCUCCGUGGUAAUCCGCAGAUGCAAGAGCAAAUGCGAGUGCAACCCCGGCAGAUACGGAGCGUCUUCCCCAACCCUGACGCUUUAGCUGCUAUUAUGCAAAUUCAGCGGGGUAUGGAGCAAUUGCGUACCGUCGCUCCUGAACUCGUGGAGAAUAUGGGCCUUACGAUUCCACCUGCACCCACAACACCGAACACGACUGGCACCAAUUCCAGUGUACCAACUACCCAAUCAUCGGACAGCAAUCAGCAAGACGCAUUUUCCCAGUUCAUGGCACGUAUGGUUUCUGCAAUGGCAUUAAAUCAAGGUGUAGAAGUUGAUGGUCAACCUGUGCCUCCACCAGAGGAACGUUAUAGAGCACAGUUAGAGCAACUUACGGCUAUGGGUUUUCUUAAUAGAGAUGCUAAUUUACAAGCGUUAAUUGCAACGUUCGGAGAUAUAAACGCUGCCGUUGAGAGACUACUCUCCAAUGGACAAGUGUCUAUGAGCUAACCACCAAUCUGCAAUACUGUUAUUCCAAUAUUACCUUUAAUUUUAUCCUUAUUUAUCUCUUACGUUAAUGAACGUAAGAGAUAUUUGAGGUAACUGGCUGUCAAAAAUUAUAAACUUAUAUCCUCCCUCUUUCUUCUGCCCCUUUUUUCUCAGUCUUGACGGAAUACACGCUACUCACUCGUUCAAUUUGCAGUUUUUCUUAUUUAGAUUCAGAUUUGUCUGUGUUUUAGACGAUAGAUAGAAAAUAUCAAUGGUAUAAUCAUUACUACUCGUUUCGCGAUCUUUAUUUCUUCAUCUUUUUGAAUCUCUCUUCUUGGUUCUUCGUCCAUGUAUCCUCUUCAAUGUACUCUAUGUACAGUCAAUUUCUUAUGCUCUCAAAUCAUUGGAAUCGACUAUUCUUCCUCUACUCUUUAAACUCAAUUCUUCGUGCAUAGGACGAAAAUGUUGCGCGUUUCGGCUUUCAUUUACUUUCUCACAACCUGUGAGCAUAUAAUCGCGUCAUAUGGUAAUUUGUGAGUAAUGGAGAAUAUUAUAGUCGAACUAAUUUUCCCGACAGUGCAUUAUUAUAUCAAUAUUUUCUUUAAAUUUUUGAUAUUGAAAUUAUAAUUCCACGCAUGUUGUGUGUGUGUGUGUUUUACGGCUUUGAUAGUUUCACAAUUAGUUGUCCAAAUAUAAAUUGUCAAUGAUGUAAUGAUGCACAUGUCCCAAGAAUUAUUUUCAUGGCUGUAGUUUAGAAACAAGAAAUGCUAAAUAGUUUAAUAGAACAGCAAAUCUGUCAAACGAAAGAUCCGAAUUUGACACCUUGUUUUGGCAUCUUGUAUAUAAAAAAUUUAAAUUGGAAGAAUAUUCAUAUUGUGAUAGAAAUAAAAUAAAUCUUCAAAUAUAUGAUUAACGAAGAAAUUAACACUUGCAAAUAUUCUCUCUCUGCCUUCCCAAUCUUGAUGAGUUUUGGUAGAUAUGUUGUGGUAAAGAUACAAAUAAGAGACAUGUACUUUUUAUGAGUGUUCUUACAUACUUAGCGAAACAUUUAGAAUCGACAUUUAUUAUCAUUUCAACGCAAAACAUAAAAAUCGAUUCGUUUCAUCCCUUUUGUACGCACAGAAGCACUUGUAUUAUAAAAUACAUGUCUUUUGUUUUUAUUUAAACUAUAACGUAUCUAUAAUGUCUCAAUCUUGACGAGGGCGAGAAUAGUGGAUGCACAAGUACAUUUUCAUAUAAAUAAAUCGUAUACUAUGGUCCUUUCAAGAGCAGAAAUUCAAAUAAUCGGAAUAAGAGAGGAAAAACAGUUGAAGAAGAAAAAUCUAAACUAUAAAAUCUUUGAACACAGGAAAUCGACUGUAGCUCCGUCGAUGUCAUUUUUUCGUGUAAAUUUUGUUAAAAUAUCGAGCUAAUUAUUAAUUAAGUAGAUUGCAAUAUGAUGAUAUUCACAACACAGUUCAUUACCGCGUAAUAUCUUUAUGACGUUUCUUAGGAGCAUGAACGGAACCCGGAAUGGAAAAUAUAGAUUGCCGCUAUUUAACGAACUCGCUUUCUCGGCUUCAUCGAUCGAGAGUGUAUUCACAGUACAGUCAAUCAUCCCUUUUGCUUUCAGAUAUUCUGAUACUUGUAAUCUUGUAGCAAGGUAUGUUAUUUGUACAUUCUCAAUAAAGGAACGACCGAACGUUGAAAUCCA